AUGCGACGCACAUAUGAAUUAGCAGGCGAUGCUCAAUCCCAGGCAAACAAAAAAAAGGAAAAGAACCUCAUUCGGUAUAACAACCAGAAGAGCGCGAUAAACACACCAUCCGAACUCAAGGACUUUCUUAACCGUCUUGUGGAAAAAGGAUCGAAGAAGACGGUGCCAAACGUCCACUGGAAUAAGGUACUCGACUCUAUCAAACACGACGAUGUACAUCACGAUGUUUGGUAUGUGGAUACGGAAUUUUACAACCUUGCGGGUCUCCCUCCCGUCUUGUUUGAGAUUUCCAUCCUGAGGUAUAACGGCGAGGCAGUCUUCAGCACGCUUGUCGACCCUGGAAUAUCUCCAAAGGAAGCCUGGGAAAAUGUCGACCGUACAGGUAAAAACCCCGGGCGUAGACAUGCCAUGUUGAAGAAGUGGACAAAGGCGAGAAGCUUCCAAGAUCUACCCGAAAAAUUUGCGGGCAUGACGUUAGCCGAGGUUGAGGAGCAGAUGACGCUGAUAGGAAUAACCGAAAAUUCUAUCAUACUUGGCUGGUCUACAGCUAUGACAGAGUUCCAUGUCCUAACGAAGAAUAUGCCAGGUUCGACUAUACUACCUCAAAAGUCACAAUGGCUGGAAGUUCUACCUCUCUGGAAGGCGCUUGUACCAGGAAUGUUUACUUGGGCACUGGAUCUUGCUUUUCCGACUCUGUUUCCAGAUGAAGUGGAAUUGGGACGCAAUGCGCACAGGGCGGAGGUUGAUGCUACAAAGAUGUUUAUGAUGAUGGUAGAACUUGCAAAAUUAAAACAUUUCCAAAUCUUGCUCAAGCCGCAAUUCGCAGAGGGCAUAGAGGUUACAAAGGCUCUCGCAGCACUCCAGGCUUCGAACCAAGACGCAACCAAAAUCGAAGCGGACAAGUUGCCACGGGUGAAGAUUGUCGACGAGGAUGGUGCUACAAAAACGUUUGGGCGGGAGUCGAUCUUCAAAGAUAUGCUCAAUAUUGUACAUGGCAGUGAUCCUGUGACGUCCCCAUUCAAUACCCAAUGCAUCACUACGCUCAUCGUGCUGGCAGACCGAUACGGUUUCAUGAGCCCAGUUUCCCGCCAUAUGCAGAAGACUUUGAACGUACACAAAUACCCAGUGACACUUGACAGAAGUGGCGAAGAAGCUUUGAGGCAGAAGAUUCUCAUUCAGUUCCAUACCGAUCAGGGCAUGAGGUUCACCAAUGCUACAAAAGACUUGAUCAUUCGUGGCUCUCUUCGCUGGAGCGAUACAGCCGAAAAUGGAGCUGAGUAUCAAACCAUCUGGUGGGAUUUGCCAUAUGGACUUGAAGCCGAGCUGGCAUUUCGCCGUGCUUGUGUACUCCGAACAAUUGCUUCCAUCCAGGAUCAGUUUCUGCAAAUCUACUCAUCCAAAGACAGACAAUGCAAGCUGGGAUACGACACAAGCUCGAGCUGUGAUUCUUUCCAGCUAGGAGAGAUGAUAAAAUUCUUGACGAAGAAAGGCCUAUUGUCACUGGUAUCUUUCCAAGCUGCAUCACCCUACGACCCGGACUACACUUGGCCGGAAGCCUACCAGGGCGAUAUUGAACUUCUAAUUGGUAUCCUCCGACAAUGUCCAACAUACCAGAUCGACAGUAAUCAUGGCCAUUGCGGGCUCCGGACGAAGCUGCUACCGGCGCUGGACUUCAUCCGUACGUGUAUUGACACCGGUCUGGGAAUUCGAUUAUCACGUUCCAAAACCGGUGGACCAGUCUUUGAGUCCUGGAUGCCUGCGGAAUCCACUAACCGUUCGAACACGAAGAAGGCAGUCUGGGUCGGGAAUGGAGGGGAUGAUGUCAAUAUUGCGGCCGGCAAGCUGAAGCAAUUUGAUUUUGGACAAGUAAUGCCAAAGAUGACGUGGUCCAGUAAUGCGAAUACUGCUGUAGAGAAGACGCCGAGAGGCCUCUUUACGGCUGAGAAGUGGAAUUGGGUUACAGAGCCGGAGACGAGCAGUGUGAGGCUUGGUGGUUCUUUUAUGACGAGCGUGUCGCGGUAG